AGAGUAACACAACUUCUCUAUAUAGUUUCAUUUCGGUUUCGUAUCAGUUUCAUAUCGGUUUUAUAUCCGUUUCAGUCGAGUUUCGGACGACGAUUCUGAGUUUAUAAAUAAUGAAAGAGAUGGAAAUGAGUAGUAAGAAGAUGAUGAAUUGUGUUGUUAAUGGAGAGAAUAGUAAUACAGUUGAUUGGAGAGGAAGAGCCUCAAACCCUAGCAAACAUGGUGGCAUGAGAGCUGCAACAUUUGUUCUUGGGCUGCAAGCAUUUGAGAUAAUGGGAAUAGCAGCAGUAGGGAACAAUCUGAUAACAUAUGUGAUGAAUGAGAUGCAUUUCUCUUUGUCAAGCUCUGCAAAUAUUGUCACAAACUUUGUUGGAACUGUCUUCAUUUUGGCCCUUCUUGGUGGCUACCUUUCUGACUCCUAUCUUGGUUGUUUCUGGACCAUGCUCAUCUUUGGCUUUGUCGAGCUUUCUGGUUUCAUAUUACUUUCCGUCCAAGCUCAUCUUCCUCAACUAAAGCCACCACCAUGUAUUGAUCAACAAUAUUGUGAAGAAGCAAAAGGGUUCAAGGCCUUAAUAUUUUUUGUAGCACUAUAUCUAGUGGCACUAGGAAGUGGAUGUGUUAAACCAAACAUGAUUGCCCAUGGAGCUGACCAGUUUAAUCAAACCGACCCAAACCAAUCCAAGAAGCUUUCAACAUAUUUCAAUGCUGCAUAUUUUGCUUUCUCAAUGGGUGAACUUAUUGCCCUAACCGUUCUGGUUUGGGUUCAAACACAUUCGGGUAUGGAUGUCGGGUUUGGUGUUUCUGCUGCGGUUAUGGCUAUGGGUCUUAUCACUUUGGUUUCGGGUACUUUGUAUUAUAGAAAUAAACCUCCUCAAGGAAGCAUCAUCACUCCCAUUGCUCAAGUAUUUGUGGCUGCCAUACUAAAGAGAAAACAAGUCUGUCCAUCUAAUCCAGAUAUGCUAUAUGGAAGCCAAAACCACACACUAAAUAAUAACAUUGUUGCCUUAUCUUCUGACUCUGCCAAAUUAGUGCACACUCAAAGAUUCAGAUUCUUGGACAAGGCUUGCAUCAAAUUACAAGAUGGGAUAAAUACUAAAGAGUCCCCAUGGAGAUUAUGCACAAUGACACAAGUGGAGCAAGUCAAAAUACUAAUUUCAGUAAUUCCAAUAUUUGCUUGCACAAUUAUUUUCAACACAAUUUUAGCCCAACUCCAAACUUUUUCAGUCCAACAAGGAAAUUCCAUGAAUACCCAUCUCACUAACUCCUUCAAAAUUCCACCAGCUUCACUUCAAGCCAUCCCUUACAUUAUUCUCAUCAUUUUAGUCCCUCUAUAUGACACAUUUUUUGUCCCUUUUGCAAGAAAAUUCACCAAUCAUGAGUCAGGAAUUACCCCUUUACAAAGAAUAGGGACUGGUUUAUUUCUUGUAACUUUUUCCAUGAUUUCUGCUGCAAUUAUGGAAAAAAUCAGAAGGGAUAAAUCAGUAAUUUCAAACCAAACAAUUUCAAUUUUUUGGAUCACACCCCAAUUUCUAAUCUUUGGAAUUUCUGAAAUGCUUACUGCUGUGGGGCUAAUUGAAUUUUUUUAUAAACAAUCUUUAAAGGGUAUGCAAGCAUUUUUAACAGCAAUGACAUAUUGUUCAUAUUCAUUUGGAUUUUAUUUUAGUUCAAUUUUGGUGUCAUUAGUGAAUAAAAUUAGCUCUUCAACCUCCUCAAAUCAUAAAGGUUGGUUAAGUGAUAAUAAUCUCAAUAAUGACAGGCUUGACCUUUUCUAUUGGCUGCUUGCUGUCCUUAGCUUCCUCAAUUUUCUCAACUAUUUGUUUUGGUCCAAGUGGUAUUCUGGUAAUAUUCCAUCUAGGUCAAGCUCACAAAUUCAAGAGUUUGAAACAAAUGGGGAUGACUGCUUAUUGAAAGUAUAGGUUAAGAGAUUAUAUUAUAUGUAUUUAUGAUAGGAAUUAUGAAUAUGUUUGGUUUAAUAUUAUGAUCUUUAGGCUUGUAUUAUAUUAUAUCAUUAAAGAAUUAUGAAAAAGAAAUUAUUAGAAUGGAUUUA